AUGAAAGCCGCCAAUCGAGGUCGCAGCAGUACACAAAAUAAUCGCUUUCUCUGCGUAAUCGCGGACGCCUAUCCCCAGGCUUGCGAUAAGAGCUUCCCCAGCAUAGAAAAGCACAACGAACACGUAAAGAGAUUCCACUCACCAGCGUUUUGGUGCAAGGAUUGCUUGUUUAAGUUUAAUAGCUCAUUGUCCGACAAGCAUCUCAAACUUGCCAAAGACGACCAUGCACAGCACUGUACAAAAAGGUUCACGUCCAGAAGCCUAGAUGUCUGGAUACAAACCCAUGUCAUGAGUGAAGAGCAGUAUGAUCGCUUCAAGCAGCGUAGAUGGAAACAAACCGAGGUUCUCUCCCAGCCUAACAUCCACGGUGGAAGAUUAUCCAUCUCACAAAGGAGCUGGAGGCAGAUCCGUGAAACGAUUUUCCCCACCGCUCAGGCGAUUGAAGCCACGGAGUUGAGCAGACUGCCAACAGUCGGUCAAGUCGAUGACGGGAUCCAAAAUGUCAUAAACUCAACUGGAAGGCGAUCGUCUGAUUUCAGGCAGAUGACGAUUACCGAGUUCAGCAGCCCUACCAUGGAUGCGCCCUCUCAAGCGAAUCUGCCACCAAUCCCGGCAUCCUUGACCACCGACACUUCCUGGUUAUCCACUGAGUUCUCGACGUUGACUGAUCCGCAGACUUGGCCUUCGACAUUGAUGUCCUCCCAUGCUGGAGUAGACACACAGGAAGAUGUCUAUAGUUGCGGGGACGCUUAUAGCUAUGACUUUGGUGAAGCAACAGAUUAUGGGGAGUCUUCGUCUCGUCGUGCUCCUGAUCCCUCACAAGGGCAACCGUUUUCGAAUUCUUUGAGAGGAGCCGGUUUCUGGGACGCUGCUGACUGA